AUGCUGGGCCGGCGGAGAGCCCCGCACCUGUCUCCGCCGCCGUCCCAGAUCUACACCAAGACGGGGGACAAAGGGUUUUCCAGCACGUUCACCGGAGAGAGGAGGGCCAAGGACGACCAGAUCUUCGAUGCUUUGGGAACGCUGGAUGAACUGAGCUCGGCUGUAGGCUUAAGUGCUGAGUUUGGCAGAGAAAGUGGCCACACGUUUGUGGAAGAACUUCACAAGGUCCAGUGUAUGCUGCAGGAUGCCGGCUCUAAUGUGGCAACACCCAUCUCUUCAGCCAGGGAGUCUCACAUAAAGCGCACAUCAUUCAGUGAGAAGCCCGUGCUGGAGCUGGAAACCUGGAUAGACAGAUACUCAGAUCAGCUUCCACCGCUCACCUCCUUCAUUUUACCAUCUGGUGGGAAAAGCAGCGCUGCGCUCCAUCUCUCCCGAGCCGUGUGUCGCAGAGCUGAGAGGCGUGUCGUUCCUUUGGUAAAAAUAGGAGAAGUGGAUGCAAACGUGGCCAAGUACUUAAACAGGCUAAGCGACUAUCUGUUUGUCUUGGCCCGUUUUGCUGCCAAGGAGGAAGGGAAGGAGGAGAAAAUCUACAUGAGGAUGGAGCCCCAAGACUAAGUUCAGCAAUGCAAGAUGUGGAAUGUACAACUUUUGAGCUAGCGAGCAGUGGAUAAGAUUAACUAUAAAAUGCAGGCAAUUUGAAAUGAUCGGAUCCCUACCUGAAAAACCACCAAAAGCUCAGAGAGAUCGAGACCCCUGGCCGCCUCGUUGGAGCCUGGCUUGCGUACAGGAAUUCAGAGCAACUGCGAUGCCAGAAGAGUGUUUCGUUGCCUCUUGGAACGUGGAAGGGAUUGUUGGCAGAAAGCUUAGUUCAGGCCCACUGGCUCCGGUUAGCAUAGUGCUGCUUGCCCGUUUCCUUUGAUUAAAACUAGAGUGGAUCUGGGUUUCUUCCCUCAGCCAAGUCCGUCAAUACAUCCUAUGCUGCCAAUCAUCUUGAAAAGUGCAGCAUUUGGGAGACAGGCGCUCUCAGCAAACGGUCCAGGAUCCAGCCUGCGGUAAGCUCUGUCACAAACACGCGGCUUCUGUUUUCUCCCAGUCAUACAUUUUUAAAAAGAAACAAAAGUGACCACAGUCAACCAGAUUUUCAACUUUAUUUCCUGUAUUCCUGAAUUUCCAGCAUGAAGAAUGUGGCGUAACUAAAAAAUAUUAAGUAUAGAAGGGCAAAAUAAUUUAUUAAUCUGCUAUGGCAAAAGUUUCUCCUCCUAUCUCCGAAAACACAUGCAAGACAGUGCUGGGGAGAGAAUAAAACCAACUGGUUCUGAGGCUCCUACUUAAGGAACGCCAGGCGAAGCCAACUCUCACUACCAGAGCGAGAACACAGCCAGUGUGGGGUCUGUGUACUGCAGUGCCACAGCUGACACGCUGAAGGCUGUGAAACCCAUCAUGCAGCCCGCUGCCAGACAUGGCGGGGCCGGCAACUCCCAGGAUUGCAAGCCAGUGGCUGGAGGGCACUGGGAGGUGGGGAGGCUGCACGACCUUCUCCAAAAGGCACAAGGGCAAUUUGGAGCAAUUCUCUGGAAGGCCUGCAGCAGCUGCCACAGCGCAACAGCUCAUAAUGGGGUUGGGGGGCAUUUCAGAGUAGUAGCAAUAUUCUUAAAUUAUAAAGCAUUAAUAUUGGGCUUAAUAAAAGUAACUUUCUCAAAGUAUCUUGUGCUGUUUAGUUUGUUACAAACUAGCUCUUCCUUCAUAUUUCACAUUUGUGCAAAAGAGUGACACGCUCAAGAUUUGUAAUGCAUAUUCCUAAAAUAAGCAGAUUCACACAAACACUGCAGCUACUUGGGACCCAGGAAACUUCUCAAGUGGACCCUAUUUAGGCCCUGGAUGUCCUGAGCAGAGACCCCUGUGGAAAGCUACUGUUAAUAUAGCUCGGACAGGAGUGGGAGAUGCUCUCCUGUGGACUAAUUCAUCCAAUUUAUUGUAAUGGGUAGAAAAAUAGCAGUGCCAGGCAGCCUUUCUUAAUCAGUCUGUUGUGUUUGUUCAGAGCACUCCAUCUAGCAUGCCCGCACACGCGCAACUCUUCCAGAGAAGACCAGUCGAAGUGCACCCAGAUUCCACAGACCUCUGAAGGCCCCACAUUCUCCAGAGUCAUUCCUUGGGGUUUGGGAGAUCGCAAGAAGAGGACAGAACAACUUGCACUGGAGCAGCUGAGACAGUUGGUGCAAAUACAACCUUCAGUCUAGACCCAUCUGCAACUAGUACUCAAGUGUUUCCUUGAACAAGCAGCCGAGCUAAACUUCAGCAUAAGAGUCCCUGAGAGAACUGACACGGGACUGCCCUGCUCUACACAGGAGGGUCACCUGCACGUCUGCAGGCAUGCUGGUUCUUGGGGCUUGAAGAAGAAGAGGGAUGCUGCUGACCACCACCUCCCUGUCAACCAAAGUGCUCCUGAGCUCCUGUUCCAGUCCUUUCAACAUGGAGGAUUGUCAAAGGGAUCCUGUAUUCGUUCUGGGAAUCCUACGUGCGCCCAAAGGAGAGCACCCAAGCAGUCUCUCUUGGUUCACGUUAAGAGACGCCCUGCCCUGUGUCCUGGCCCCAGCAUGUCAUGGGUCACCGACAGAUGACUGGUGGAUUCCAGUCCCACAACUAGAAAGGUGGAGUCUGCCUGCAAAAGGAGAAACCUCUGCAAGCUGAAAAAGUUACCUGUUCCUCCUGUAGAGAGGACCCUGGGGCAUUUGCGGAAAAGCACGCAUUGCCCCGAUUUAAAAACAAAAAACAAAAACUAGUUUGGCCAGCAGUUUAAUAUAACAAAACUGGGCUAAACAAGGACUCCCUCUCUCUCGGGUCAAGAGGUAAAACCAGUGUUGUGUUGCUUUAUGGCAUCAGUGAGGAAAAGGCGUUCUGGUUGUCGAAACAAGUCCAACCAAAGUCUCUCAUUUCCUCUGAGUAGCCUGGGCCUUGUGCUUUUCCAAAGCAGACGCAGCAGACACAACUCGCCCCCACGUGGCGUCUUACAACAGCGUGCUGGAAGAGAACCUGCUCAGGCCAGGUUGCAAAGUUGGGCCAGGACAGGGGAGGAGCAAUACGAAGGAAGAGACCAAGAUGACAGGAACUGGACAGAGGUGGCUCACCCCCUCUGCAGCGGUCUGCGUGGCUCUUAAAACAAGGGAGUCCUGCCCAGCCCUCCACGCGGCACAACCUCCAGUGACCCCCCAUCCCGCAAUGGGUAACUUCACAAGGUUUGCACGCAAUGCUACUUUAAUGGCAGGCCAGCUGCGGUCUCAGAGGAGUUAAGCAGUGCCGAAAGGUGCCCUUUUUCUACCUGGGCACAGCACUGGAAUUCCAACGGCUCCAGGCCCGCCUUGUUCGCCGAGGCUCCAGGAGGGCGCUGCCUGUCUGGCCAGCUGGCCCC